GAUUAUUGUUCACUCGUUUGAGAUUGUCGCUGUUGUCUUAUCAAUGAAUUGAAGUCGUGUCUAAUUAUAAGCUUUAGUAUAUAAGCAGAAAGUGUAGUGUAAUUUUAGAACAAAAUGAAGUGCCGGCAACUGUUGUUGCUAUUUGCGCUCUUUAGCCGGUGGUGUUUGUCAACAACAACAGCAGCAACAAACACAUUUCUCAUUCCUACUGGCAGCGAACAAAUCUACGAGCUGCGCAGCAAAGUGAGUCUUCGGGAGCUGAAGCAUCAGCAGAUAGUCGAUGAAUCGACGAGCUAUAGCCUUCAGACCCAGUUGCGGAUCAGCUCGGUUUGGAGCAGUGCCGACCAAUAUGCCCAGUUGCUGAAAGUCGCCUUUGUUGAGAGUCAAGUGAGUGCGCCUGGCAAGGCAGAGGAUCGUCCGGUGGACCGUACUGUGUCCAGCCUGUCCGCCAGGCCCUUUUACAUAAGUGUGGUGAAGGGACAGCCGCAGCAUGUCAUAGCGCACACCUCCCGGGAUCAGUCGCUGCUGAACUUGGAGCGCGGCAUUGCCUCGUUGCUGCAGCUUCGUUACGUCGAUGCGACACUGGUGCAGCACGAAGUGGACGUCUCUGGUCGCUGCCGGGUCCAAUACAAUGUCAAAUCGUCGACGCGUUUGGAAAAGCUGAAGACCGACUGCGCCAACUGGGAUUUGCGUGUGAACUAUCGCUCAGAGCACGCACUGGGCGUUGUGCAGCAAUCGCAGGAGCAGAUCAACUACGAGCUGUCGGCAGAUGGAGUCCUGCUGCGUGCCGAGUCCUUGGAGACGCAUUUGCUCUCGUUGUCAGCCAAGCCCGAUGUGGGCAGCUCGGUGCAAGCCACGCUCACGUUGCAAAACUUUGGCGAGGGAGGGGAUGAGGUCAAGCAGUUCGAACAAAGUACGCUGGAGGCGGCCAUUGAAAGUCUGUUGGACUGGUAUCGAGUCUUUGAGUUGGAGGCCGAUGUGGAUGGUGUGAUAAGUGAGCUGAAGCAGCAAACUUUCACAGAUCGCUUGAAAAAGGCGACGAAGCAACUCCAAUCAACGGACGUUGGCAAAUCCUCGCUCGCACUGAGCUUUGUCCAACUGCUUCCAUACGCGCGUCUGGCCAAGCAGAAGGAAUUUAAAGAGCUGCUCAAGCAUCAUGAAGACAUUCUGCCACAAUUGGUGGAUCUACUUGGGGCCGUGCAGAGCUUCGAGGCGCACAAUGCCACCUUUGCGCAUUUCUAUGAUGGUGCAGGCACCAAUACGGAGUCUUUGGAUCUGCUGGAAAGGUAUCUGCAAUCUCUGGCCGUCGCCACCCACCCAGAACGUCCAAUUAUCGAGCAUCUCUACGCUUUGUUAAACUCGGAGCUGAGCUCCAAGCAACUGAAGCUGCGUGAUAGCAUUCUUCAGACGCUGGCCACGUUGACCCGACAGAGUGGUUUCGAACCCAAUGAUGCGCUGCUUCAGAAGGUGCGGACUCACAUACUAAAUGGGCUGUCGAGUGGCGAAUGUGGCGGCAGAGUGGAGCAAAGCGACUGCCAAACCCUCUACAUACGCGCUCUGCAAAACCUGCAGGAUGUGGAAACCAUUGAUGUGCUGUUGGAGCAAUCACAGUCGCUGGAGGCCAAAGUAUCGGUGGCCGCGCUGCAGGCCUUGAAGGCCUUUCCAGCACGCACUUACAGUGAGAAGCAUCGCCAGCAGUUCUCUGCCAUUUUCUAUCAGCAACGACGUCGCUUUGAUAGCUCCGCACGCACCCUGGCCCUCGAUAUCCUACUGGCCAUGCGACCCAAUCCCUCACAGCUGGGCGAACUCUUGGACUAUCUCGCUUCCAACGAUCGUCAGUUCGAAAUCAAGACUUAUGUGCUACAAAAGUUACGCAUGUUAGCCGAGCAGUGUCCUCGCUUCCGCGCCCUCUACCAGUCUGCACUAUCGACACGUGCGAAGGUCAACAACUACCAUGUGUUGGGACAGAAAGGUCUGACAACAGUGCUGACACGCCAGCUCUCCCAGUCGCCGGCCUUUAAUGAGAGUUUCCUGAGCACCCAGGAGGUCUAUCAAGGCAUUCUGAAGCGCGGCUCUGUCGAGUUCCUUCUACAUGCGGGCCGUGCCGAGAGCAGCAGCUUCAAACUGGGCAUCUAUACUGCCGCCUUGGGUGCACUCGUGGGCGAUGGCGAUGCGGACCAGAACGAUGAUAUACCCGCCGACGACGAGCUGGGCGGUGAGGAAACUGUAACGGCAGGCAUGGAGAUUAGCGUACAGGGCGCCCAGCUGCGUCCGCUCAUCUUUUUCAAUGGCCAGGCCGAGCUGAUGGGCCAUGUGUGGGGCGGCAGCGCGUCCGACUCAACACCUGCCUAUCAGGCCACCACUCUGGUGCAGGAUCAUGAGCAAUACAUCAUACUGGCGUCGGGCGCAUCGCUGCAUUGGCGACUACUGGGCGCUCGGAGUGUAGAUUUAAAUGGCAAAGUCGGCUUCAGUCUGUGGAAUCGCAAUGCACAAACGGAGAUACAACAGAACACUGGCAGCGCUGUUUGGGGGCACAUAGCUGUGGGCUUUACAUACGCCAAGCUCGUCCAGGAUUUCACGCUCACCCACGAGCCCAAACUCAGUCUACAGGCCGAUCUGGACUUCUACAGCAGCAUUAAGCUCUGCAUGCAAUUGCAGUGCCCGGAGCAGCUAUUGACAUAUGCCAACUCUAAGUCCGUCUAUCUGCAGAACGUUGAGAGAGCCUACACCAAAAAUUUGCGUUCUACGCAAGCAUUUAAAUCUGCUGGGCGCACCUUUGCCCUCAACCAGAAGAACAACGAAAUGUGUAACUCGAUUUUAGAUAACUAAGUAUAUCCUAUGAAGAAACUAAGUGAGAUUAAUGCUUCCACAUUUAUUUUUGUAUACCAUUAUAUGCUGCAUGUAAAAAGCUAAGAGAUUAAGACUAUACAGGACAGACAGGUAGUUGUUAACUCGUACGAACAAAGAUUAAAUAAUUUUUAAAUAUUGGA